AUGGCAUUGGUAUCUGCAGCUCCAUAUUUGGCUUUAUUAGGGGAACCUGAUUCUAGUUUAAAAUCAUAUGCUUUAUCCUCAUUAAAUCAAGUUGUAGAUCAAUUAUGGGCAGAAAUCGCCAACAAUAUAACUGAAUUGGAAGAAUUAUAUGAAGAUGAUUCAUUUGAAAAGAAAGAAUUGGCAGCCUUAGUUAUUUCUAAAGUGUAUUACAAUUUGGGAGAUUUUGAAGCAUCUGUGAAGUAUGCUUUACUUGCUGGAGAUGAGUUUAAUUUGGAAGAACAAUCUCAAUACAUGGAAACUAUUGUUAGUCAAUGUAUUAAUUUAUAUAAUUCAUUAUCUCAAAAGAAAUUCAUUGAUGAUUUAGUUAAAAUAGAUCCAAGAUUAACUUCAAUUUUUGAAAAGAUGUUAAAGAAGUGUUUAAAUGCCAAUGAAAUUAAGUUGACUUUGGGUAUUGCUUUAGAAAGUUAUAGAUUAGAUUUAGUUGAAUCUAUUUUGAAAGAACAAAUUAAUGUUAAUGAAGAACAAGCAUUGAGUUUGAUAAAUUAUGUUUUAGUAUGUUCAAAUAGCACUGUUAAAAAUUCAGAAUUUAGAGUCCAAGUUUUGAAUUCUUUAAUUUCCUUGUUAUUGUCUUUGAAAAAACAUCAAGAUUUCUUUACCAUCAUUAAGAUUAUUGUUCAAUUGAAUGAUUUUGAAUUGGCAGUUAAAUUAUUCCAAGAAUUGAUUAACCAAAAGGAAGAUUUGAUUGCUUACCAAGCAGCUUUUGAUUUAGUUAAUGCUGCCUCUCAAGAAUUAUUGGAUCUUGUCAUUAAGAAAUUAUCUUCUGCUGAAGUAGAUGUUGAUGAAUACAAACAAGCCACCAUAAAGAAGAUUUUGAAUAUCUUGUCAGGAGUUCCAACUUGUGAUUUGGAUAAUACUUUCUUGUUUAAAAACAACAAUGCCGAUGUUACUAUUUUGAAUAAAACCAAGAAUACAUUAGAUGGAAGAAGCUCAAUUUUCCAUUCUGCAGUCACAUUUGCCAAUGCUUUCAUGCAUGCUGGUACUACUGAUGAUUCAUUUAUUAGAGACAAUUUGGAAUGGUUGGGAAGAGCAACCAACUGGUCUAAAUUUUCCGCUACUGCCGCAUUGGGUGUUAUUCACAAAGGGAACUUAUCUCAAGGUCGUACAAUCUUAAAACCAUAUUUACCAGGGUCUUCUGGUUCUGCAAACUCUAAAGGUGGGUCCUUGUUUGCUCUUGGUUUGAUUUUUGCUGGUCAUGGUAGAGAAGUCAUUGGUACUUUGAAAUCUUUUAUCGAUGAAAAUGGUAAUGCUGCUGGAUCCAACGAUAUUGACAUUCAAUUACACGGUGCCGCUUUAGGUGCUGGUGUUGCUGGCAUGGGUUCAAGAAGUGAGGAAUUAUAUGAAUCUUUAAAGGUUGUCUUAUACUCAGAUUCCGCCAUCUCGUCCCAAGCUGCUGCCUUAGGUAUGGGUUUGGUUAUGUUGGGAUCUGGCAAUGAAGAAGCAAUUCAUGAUAUGUUAACCUAUGCUUUAGAAACUCAACAUGAAAAUAUUAUCCGUAGUUUAGCUAUUGGUAUUGCCUUGUUGAAUUAUGGACGUGAAGAACGUGCCAAUGAAACCAUUGAUAACUUGAUGAAACAAGAAUCUUCAAUUUUGAGAUAUGGUGGUGCAUUUACCAUAGCUUUGGCAUAUGCUGGUACUAGCAACAAUGGUGCCAUUAAGAAAUUGUUACAUUAUGCUGUUUCUGACCCAAGUGAUGAUGUUAGAAGAGCCGCUGUUAUGGGUUUGGGUUUCUUGUUGAUUCGUAACUACACUGCUGCUCCACAAAUUGUUAAACUAUUAUCCCAAUCACACAACCCUCAUGUUAGAUAUGGUACUGCUUUGGCUUUGGGUAUUUCUUGUGCCGGAAGAGCUUAUCCUGCUGCCAUUGAAGUCUUGGAACCUUUAACUAAAGAUGCUGUUGAUUUUGUUAGACAAGGUGCUUUAAUGGCCAGUUCCAUGAUUUUAAUUCAACAAAAUGAGUUUAUUUAUCCAAAGGUUAAAGAGUUCACCAAACAAUAUGCUGAUACUAUCAAAAACAAACAUGAAGAUGCAUUGGCUAAAUUCGGUGCUACUUUGGCUCAAGGUAUAAUAGAUGCUGGUGGUAGAAACCUGACAAUUAAUUUAGAAAACUCUCAAACUAAUACCUUGAAUGUUAAAGCCAUUGUUGGUUUAACUUUGUUUGUCCAAUCAUGGUACUGGUUCCCAUUGGCUCAUUUCUUAUCUUUAUCAUUUGCACCAACAUCGAUAAUUGGUGUUAGAGGAAGUGAUUUGAAGGCUCCUAAAUUUAAAUUGAACUGUCAUGCUAAUCCAGAAUAUUUCCAAUAUCCACCAAAAGUUGAAGAAACCAAGGAAAAACAACCAGAUAAGUUGGCCACCGCUGUGUUGUCGACCACUGCAAAGGCUAAAACUAGAGCCAAGAGAAAACAAUCACAGAAAGAAGGUGGUGCUUCAACAGGAGAGACUGCUAAACCGGAAGACAAAAUGGAUAUCGAUGAAGAAUCUAAAACUAAAGUGGAGACAGAAAAGACUACAACACAAGAAGAAACAAAGAAAGAGAAACCACCAUCUGAUGAACCAGUUACUGUUCGUUAUACUAAAACAGCAUAUGAAAUUGAAAACUUGUCUAGAGUAUUGCCAUUACAAUCUAAUUUCAUUUCAUUUAUUAAAGAUGAUAGAUUUGUACCAGUUAGAAAAUAUCGUGGUUCCAGUGGUAUAAUAGUUUUACAAGAUAACAAACCUGAAGAAAAAGUUGAAUUUAUUAAAACGGUCAGACAAUUAAAUAUAACUGAUGCACCAGUACCUGAACCAUUUACAUUAAGUGGUGAUGACUUGAAAGAUGAUGAAUAA